UUCCGGCCUCUAGAGGCGGCUUCCUGUCCCGCCGGAAGUGACGUAAGAGGCCGGUGGCUCCGUCUCGGUGGAGGGCGAGGUGACCCCGGGCCGCCGCAGCCAUGGGCCGCGAGUUUGGGAAUCUGACGCGGAUACGGCAUGUCAUCACCUACAGCUUGUCGCCCUUUGAGCAGCGCGCCUUGCCGAACCUCCUGAGCAAGGGCAUCCCCAAUGUGCUGCGCCGCACCCAGGGCUCCAUUCUGCGCGUGGCCCCGCCAUUUGUAGUGUUUUAUCUUCUCUACACAUGGGGGACCGAGGAAUUUGAGAAAUCCAAGAGGAAGAACCCAGCUGACUAUGAAAAUGACAAAUGAGCAAUCCAUCUGUGAGACAGUUGCUGCUUCUGAAAGACUUUGUGAGAGGAGUAUGUCUUGUAAUUUCUAGAAGACACAAUAAACUUCCUAUGGGCCUCGUGCUGUGACUUCGCA